AUGGGCUGCGAUAACGCGCAAAACACUAUCACUUCUUGCAGAUCCAUUAUUAGAGCUGGCAAGCGUCGAUUAAUGUUUUGUGACGCCCUCGCGCGAACCAAUAACAACACCUCGCAAGCAAAAAAAUCGCAUGAUUCCAACGCAACUAUUGAGGAAACCCUCGACAUUGAAAACUCCAGGCGGACACUAGGACUCUUUUUCCUAGAUGUCAUACCGGAUUCUAUUUGCGAAGAAGGGAGAUGUCUCCGGAAAGAAGACUUCGAUGCAAGCAUCAAGGCAAUUCAUUCUACAAACGCACUUGACUGGCUAUUAGCUUCACCGAUAGUCGACCAAUUGGCAAACCUAUUGCUCGAUUAUCAACAUAAUCUACUUUGGGCUCCACAACGUCAGCAUGAGCAAGUCUCCACGCCACCUUCUCAACCAAACUGGGAGGCAUCGACAGAUGAGGGAAUGGAACAGCACGCUGCGUCCAACAUAAUGAGUCUGCUUAGGGCAGCCCAAAUGACACAGCCACCGGAAGACAGCACAGACUCCACCCAAUGGGGCCAGGGAACUAUGCCUCGCGGUGUCAGCAUUAAUGAGAGACAGUUCGACAAUCGCCAAUCCCUUGGGACUGAAUCUCAGCCAGUUUCGAAUUACCGCAUGAACGUCAACCACUUGUUGUGGUUUCACGGAGCUACCGAUGUCGCUGGGGAAACAAACAAUCACCAGAUGCAGCCUGGUUCCUUCACGGACACCAUGAACCCCAUGGAAGCCCAAAGCGCAAAUAUUGUUGGGGAAAUGAACAAUUACCGGAUGCAACCCGGUCUGUUCAAUUUGAAUACCUCGUGUCAACAUGAUCCCGUGUCUACCGAAACCCCCAACUACCACCUGAAUGCCAACGAGUUCAUCUGGUACAGUUCAGAGCGAUGA